GGAAGUUUUGAGGCUGAACACCCUAUGAGGUACUCGAAAACUGCUUUUUUAAUCCCUAAAAGAUAUGAUGAGCUCCCUGUCCAUUUUUAUAUGGGAGUCACUACUUUCCCCCAGCCUCUCCCCGGGUGCACGUCCUUAGUAACCUUAUAUCAGUUUUGCAUUGAUUGGAAGUGUCAUUAUCUCAUUUUUUUAGAUAGCAGCCCGGGCCUCUCUUGUGCCCUUUGUGAAAAUGUUUUUAGAUCAAUUUGGUUACUGGGCUCCAAUUAUUACUGCUGUUUACCAUGUGAGCAUGGGAGCGAUGGAAGGCCUCAGUUAUGAUGAUACUGUUGAAAGAUUAAAGGAACUGUACCUGCCAACACUAAAGGCCUGCUGGAUGAUCUGGCCUGUAGUUAUGGUCGUGAAUUUUAAAUUGAUACCAGUAGCUCACCAACUGAACUUCUGCCUGGCUGUCAGUCUUGUAUGGGCCACCAUUCUGAGUGUUAUCCGCACCCCACAAGUCUCAACAUCAAGCAAAUUGGAAGAAACUGAGCCCGCAGAUAUUAUACCUCUUUCAAACUGUUCAUUUGAAGCAGCUCAGCGGUGACUGUGAAAUCUAGCUACUUCUGGCUACCUCUAUUCAAAGCGCAAACAUCAUCACUGAACAGUCGCGCCGCGCGACAUAUUGAGUGUGAAGCUUGGCAACUAGGCUAUAAGUAUACCAUGCGCUCUCACUCCUUUCAGGAAUAAUGAACGGAUGGAGUUACUGAUGAGUUGUUCGCUCAGGUAGCAUUCACAUUAGAAAUUUUUUAAAUACAGAGCUAAACCGGCUUUGAAGACUCCACGUGCUGAUGCUUGGAACAAGAGUAAUUUAUUAACACAGAACAGAACACAAUGUAUUUGAUAUUUGAGUUUCAUAUAUUUGUACAGAACACAACCGUCACUUAGUGGUUUAUAUAACUAUAAUUAUAUCAUGAGUCAUUUCAACGUACUAUUUCUUGUUAUU